AUGACUUUGAACUCACAAUCCGCAACAUUAAUCAAAGAAAUCAAGUCAUAAAACGAUACCGUGGGAGAUUUAGAUUCCAAAGGACACGCUUGCGACUUGAGAGUCUCCCAUACUUCCGUUACAUUCACGACUUCCAACUCUCACUAUCACACUCACUCCACACAACUAUUACAAAAUUACAAACUACUUUUAACAAACUACUAAAUUCCCAAUUCUCUUCGUUCAUACUGAUUACUCCCCGGAAAAAAAAAAUAAAAAAAAUAAAAAAAUAAAAUUCAAACUCAAAAUCACAAACUUCAUUACUCCAGUUUUCUCAACAAAAAUGAAGACUCUAAAGCCUAAUUUCACACUAUCUCCAACUCCACCCCUCUCAAAAUCCUCAUUUUCUCAAUCAAAAUCAACCCAAAAUCUAAGGAAAUGUUCCCAUUAUUUAAGGGUAUAUACCCUUAAUCCCAUUUCAUGUUCUUCUUCUAAUAAGGUAUCACCCCCUUCUGCUCGAACUUCAUCUUCUUCUUCGACUUCUUUAGUGGUUUCUGGGGUGGGUCCCACAAGGUUCAAGGGUCAUUCUUGGAAUUCUGAGAUCAUGGAGGAAUUCCUAGAAAAGGUUAUCUAUCGAUGUCGAUUCGUGACAUUUCUUGGAGUAUUUGGUUCCUUGAUUGGGUCGAUUCUUUGCUUCAUCAAGGGUUGUGGUAUUGUGGCAUCGUCUUUCUAUGAAUACUUUGCACAGAGUGGGAAGGUGAUUGUCUUGGUGAUUGAGGCCAUAGAUAUUUAUCUACUGGGAACAGUGAUGCUUAUCUUUGGAAUGGGUCUCUAUGAGCUCUUUGUGUCCAACCUUGACAUUGCAAAGUCACUGUCAGAAGCGAAGCAUCAGCAUCGAUCAAGUUUAUUUGGCUUAUUCCCUUUAAUGGAACGACCAAGAUGGCUGGAAAUUAAGUCAGUAAGCGAGCUGAAGACUAAGGUAGGACAUGUAAUUGUGAUGCUGCUCCUGAUAGGGCUGUUUGACAAUAGUAAGAAAGCAGCUAUCCACUCUCCUACUGAUUUGCUUUGCUUCGCAGCUUCUGUUCUCCUUUGCUCUGGUUGUCUUUUUAUGCUCUCUAAGCUUAACGACUCAAAAUAAAUUUGGUACAUGAUGUUGUAACUAUAGUAAAAAAUGGCAUAUUAGCUAUUAGCAGCAUGCUUAUAGGAAAUGUUUUACCCCUUAAAGCUGUACUGGAAUCAUAUGUAUAUAUAUAGGCUGUUAUGGAAUGGGAAAUUAUAAUAAUUGAUCAGAUAACCCAGCAUAAGCUGUGCAUUCCAAAAAUUGGCCAUAUAUUUGUUUUCCAACCUUGUGAUGUUGGUUGGAAAAAUUGGGAGGGGGGAGGAUAUUUGACCCUGCAACCUAUUGUACACUUGUUCUCGAACCUUUAGCAUUAAACCAAGACUUGGUCAUUGGUGUACAUAGUAUGUAGCUUAUAUGUAUACAUGUGCCUUUUAAAGUUUUUA